AUGCCUGGGGAGGCUGCGCGAGCCGAGCUGCUGCUGCCCGAGGCGGGCGGGCCCGGGCCCCGCACAGAUCUCUCCUGUGAUGCGGCUGCCGCCACCAUCCCGAGAGGGGACCUGCAGGAGCCCCAGGCCCUGAUGCCAGGGCCCAGUCCCCUGGCCCUCUCGUUCCUGCCCAGCAAGCCGGGCGCCCGGCCCCAGCCCGAGGGCGCCAGCUGGGAUGCAGGGCCUGGCGGGGCCUCCUCGGCCUGGGCAGACGCAGCAGAAGGCGGCCCGAGCCCCACACUCCUCCCCGAGGGCCCGCCGUCCCAGGCUCUGUCCCCAGAGGCGCUGCCCUCGAGCCUGGAGCCCCGGAUCGUGAUGGGCGAGGAAACGUGCCAGGCCCCCGCCUCGCCUUGGGCAGCCGGGCCCGCGCUCAGGGACCGGGAAGGUGGGCGUGCCGGCCUGCACCCACCCCCCGAGCCGUGUUCUCAGGGUGACCCUCCUGUGCCUUCCCCUCCCCCAGACCCUGAUUCCUUCUUCACACCUCCCUCCACCCCCACCGAGACCACCUACUCCCUGUUCCCCAGCCACGGGGACAGCUGGGACUCCGAGCCCGAGCUGGACUCGCCCUCGGGCUCCUACAUCACGGCCGACGGGGACAGCUGGGCCUCGUCACCAUCCUGUUCCCUCAGCCUGCUGGCGCUGGCCGAAGGGCUGGACUUCCCCUCCAGCUGGGGCCUCUCCCCGCCAGGGUCCGUGGUGGACGAAGGAGAGCCGAGCCCGUCCAGGCCGCCGGGAGCCCCGUCCACCGAGUCCAGUCUCUCUGCAGACAGCAGCUCUUCGUGGGGCCAGGAGGACCACUUCUUCGACCUGGACUUCCUGGCCAAUGACCCCAUGAUCCCCGCGGCCCUCCUGCCCUUCCAGGGCAGCCUCAUCUUCCAGGUGGAGGCCAUGGAGGUGACACCGCUGCACCCAGAGGAGGAGGAGGAGGAGGAAGAGGAGGAGGUGGAGGAGGAAGAGGAGGCGGUGGGGGCAGCUCCGGCCCCGGGCAGGGACCUGGCCGGGGAGGGCGAGGACGACAGCACGUCCACCUCCUUCCUGCAGUCGCUGUCCGACCUGUCCAUCACAGAGGGCAUGGACGAGGCUUUUGCCUUCCGGGACGACACCUCGGCCGCCUCAUCGGACAGCGACUCGGCCUCCUACACAGGGGCCGACGACGAGAGGCUGUACAGCGGGGAGCCCCAUGCCCAGCCCAGCGCCCCAUUCCAGGAGGGCACCCAGAAGGCAGAGCGGGGACGCAGGGCUGCCGCCGAGCAGCCGCACACUCCAGAAGGGCCCGAGUCCUGCGGUCUGGAGGCCGCCGGCGCCACGCCCACCCCUCGGGUCUCAGAGCAAGAGGCCUGUAGCACCCAGAGCCAAGACUUGAUGAUGGAAAUAGCAGAAGAGGAUCUCGCUUCAGGCCAGGAGGCCACAGCCUCCAAGAGCCCCCCUGCCCUGCAGGUAGCCCCAGGCCCCCAGCUGACCCCUGAGGUCAAGGAGGAAGAGGAAGAUGAUUCCACAGCUGGGGGAGCACCUGCCGCCAGAGCACAGCCCCAGGCAGCCACGGGUCCCCAGCUGACCCCUGAGGCUAAGGAAGAAGAGGACUCCACAGCUGGGGGAGCACCAUCCCAGGUAUUCCCAGACCCCCAGCUGACCCCUGAGGCUGAAGAAGAAGAGGAGGCAGACUCCACAGCUGGGGGAGCACCAUCCCAGGCAUCCCCGGGUCCUCAGCUGAACCCUGAGACUGAAGAAGAGGAGGACUCCAUAGCUGGGGGAGCACCAUCCCAGGUAUCCCCAGACCCCCAGCUGACCCCUGAGGCUGAAGAAGAGGAGGAAGAAGAGGAGGAGGAAGACUCCACAGCUGGGGGAGCACCAUCCCAGGCAGCCCCGGGCCCCCAGCUGACCCCUGAGGCUGAAGAAGAGGAGGAAGAAGAGGAGGAGGAAGACUCCACAGCUGGGGGAGCACCAUCCCAGGCAGCCCCGGGCCCCCAGCUGACCCCUGAGGCUGAAGAAGAGGAGGAAGAAGAGGAGGAGGAAGACUCCACAGCUGGGGGAGCACCAUCCCAGGCAGCCCCAGGCCCCCAGCUGACCCCUGAGACUGAAGAAGAGGAGGACUCCACAGCUGGGGGAGCACCAUCCCAGGCAGCCCCGGGCCCCCAGCUGACCUCUGAGGCUGAAGAAGAGGAGGAGGAAGAUGAUUCCACAGCUGGGGGAGCACCAUCCCAGGUAUCCCCAGGCUCCCAGCUGACCCCUGAGGCUGAAGAAGAGGAGGAAGACUCCACAGCUGGGGGAGCACCAUCCCAGGCAGCCCCAGGCCCCCAGCUGACCCCUGAGGCUGAGAAGGAAGAGGAGGAAGAAGAGGAGGAGGAAGAGGAGGAGGCCUCCACAGCUGGGGGAGCACCAUCCCAAGCAGCUCCAGGCCCCCAGCUGACCCCUGAGGCCAAGGAGGAAGAAGACUCCACAUCUGGGGGAGCACCAUCCCAGGCAGCCCCAGGCCCCCAGCUGACCCCUGGGGCUGAGAAGGAAGAAGAGGAGGACUCCACAGCUGGGGGAGCACCAUCCCAGGCAGCCCCGGGCCCCCAGCUGACCCCUGAGGCUGAAGAAGAGGAGGAAGAAGAGGAGGAGGAAGACUCCACAGCUAGGGGAGCACCAUCCCAGGUAUCCCCAGGCCCCCAGCUGACCCCUGAGACUGAAGACGAGGAGGAAGAAGAGGAGGAGGAAGACUCCACAGCUAGGGGAGCACCAUCCCAGGUAUCCCCAGGCCCCCAGCUGACCCCUGAGACUGAAGACGAGGAGGAAGAAGAGGAGGAGGAAGACUCCACAGCUAGGGGAGCACCAUCCCAGGCAGCCCCAGACCCCCAGCUGACCCCUGAGACUGAAGACGAGGAGGAAGAAGAGGAGGAGGAAGACUCCACAGCUGGGGGAGCACCAUCCCAAGCAGCCCCGGGCCCCCAGCUGACCCCUGAGGCCAAGGAGGAAGAAGAGGAGGAGGAAGACUCCACAGCUGGGGGAGCACCAUCCCAAGCAGCCCUGGGCUCCCAGCUGACCCCUGAGGCUGAAGAAGAGGAGGAAGACUCCACAGCUGGGGGAGCACCAUCCCAGGCAGCCCUGGGCCCCCAGCUGACCCCUGAGGCCAAGGAGGAAGAAGAGGAGGAGGAAGACUCCACAGCUGGGGGAGCACCAUCCCAAGCAGCCUCGGGCUCCCAGCUGACCCCUGAGGCUGAAGAAGAGGAGGAAGACUCCACAGCUGGGGGAGCACCAUCCCAGGCAGCCCCAGACCCCCAGCUGACCCCUGAGGCCAAGGAGGAAGAAGAGGAGGAGGACUCCACAUCUGGGGGAGCACCAUCCCAGGCAGCCCCAGGCCCCCAGCUGACCCCUGAGGCUGAAGAAGAGGAGGAGGAAGACUCCACAGCUAGGGGAGCACCAUCCCAGGCAGCCCCAGACCCCCAGCUGACCUCUGAGACUGAAGAAGAAGAGGAGGAAGACUCCACAGCUGGGGGAGCACCAUCCCAGGCAGCCACGGGCCCCCAGCUGACCCCUGAGGCUGAAGAAGAAGAGGAGGAAGACUCCACAGCUGGGGGAGCACCAUCCCAGGCAGCCCCAGGCCCCCAGCUGACCCCUGAGGCUGAAGAAGAGGAAGGCUCCACAGCUGGGGGAGCACCAUCCCAGGCAGCCCCAGGCCCCCAGCUGACCCCUGAGGCUGAAGAAGAAGAGGAGGAAGACUCCACAGCUGGGGGAGCACCAUCCCAGGCAGCCACGGGCCCCCAGCUGACCCCUGAGGCUGAAGAAGAAGAGGAGGAAGACUCCACAGCUGGGGGAGCACCAUCCCAGGCAGCCCCAGGCCCCCAGCUGACCCCUGAGGCUGAAGAAGAGGAGGAAGAAGAGGAGGAGGAAGACUCCACAGCUAGGGGAGCACCAUCCCAGGCAGCCCCAGACCCCCAGCUGACCCCUGAGGCCAAGGAGGAAGAAGAGGAGGACUCCACAGCUGGGGGAGCACCAUCCCAGGCAUCCCCAGGCCCCCAGCUGACCCCUGAGACUGAAGAAGAGGAGGAGGACUCCACAGCUGGGGGAGCACCAUCCCAGGCAGCCCCAGGCCCCCAGCUGACCCCUGAGACUGAAGAAGAAGAGGAAGGCUCCACAGCUGGCCAAGCACCUGCUCCCAGGGCACUGUCCCGGCCCUGCCAGGAGAGGGCCGGCAGCACCUUGGGCCCGGAUCCUGGCACUGCAGAAGGCCCUCCCUCUCCGCAGGAAGAAGCCAGCCGUACCUCGUGCCCAGACCCUCCUCAGAAUGCAACAGCAGCAGGACCAGACCUCCCUUCAGGCCCAGGGCCUGUGGCUGCAGCUCCGCCCGUGCCCCCACAGGCCCUCCUGCCCGACUGUCCCACGGCAGGCUGCCCAGCAGGUCCAGAAGCUGUGGCUGCCAGCGGCCUGCAGGCCCCAGGGACCAAGGACGCAGAGCUAGCUUCCCAGAACCAGCAAGGUGUGGCCUUAAGGGCAAGGCCAGCUCUGGAGCACAAGUCCACAGCGCCCCCUGCAGGCCCAGUGCUGACAGUCAUGGACCAGGCCCAGCAGGAUGACCCAGAGCUAGCCGCAGAGGCCGAAAACGCAAGUCCCACCUCCGGCAUGGAGGCCCCCGGUCCCCCCGAGCCUGCCUUUGACACCGGGGGGGCAGCAGCUGCACCUGAGCGGGAGGAGAGUUCCAGAGCCCAUGUGCACACGAGUGACCAGGCUGAGAAGCAGAGGCGUGGAGGCCCCAAGCCGCUGGCACAGGGACAUGGUGGACCCAGGUCAGCACCCCCAGGUGCAGGGGAAACUCCCGGGGUCAGCCAGGGGCAGCCCCCGAGCCCAGCCAGGGAGGGAAAGCGUCCAAGUGGCAAGUCCACCUCAAGGCCCAAGCUCCCCACAGCCAAGCUGGCAGAGUCUGGGCUGGGCUCCUGCUCCAAGGCCCCAGCGAGGGCGGCAUCCAGGCUGGGCAGGGGCUGCCCCGAGGAGCCUGCCCUGUCUACACCCUGCCGACAGCCGGAGCCUGUGCUGGGCCUGGGCCGUUCCCAGGUGGUCCCCAGUGUCCUCAGCCCCACCCCACCUCAGCCUCCAGAAGACCCCGCCAGGGCCCUGCCCACUGCGCCCCAGCACAGGCACCCGGGCUCCCUCGGCCCCUGCCUGUGCCAGCACCCCCAAGACUCCCUGGACCACGAGGAGCCUCCAGACUCUCCGGCUCCCCCAACGUCCAAGGCAAGAGCCCAGCGGGCCACUGCUGCCGCCUCAGGAACCCCGCGGCUGACAGGGCCCAGGCAGCAGGCUGGCCUCGCAGCCCGCUCCCCGCUCCCGAGCCCCGAGGCAGCCCCCACCGAUGCCAAAGACGUGGCCUCGGGGCCUCUGCCCCCCUGCCAAGUGCCUCCUCCACCCGGGCCCAGCAGCCUGGCGGACGCCCCCGGGGCCCCGGCCCCCGAGCAGCAAGACGAGGACAGCCCUGAGGAAGACUCACCGCGGGCCCCAGGCUCGGGCCAGCACUCGGACAGUCACGGGGAGUCGUCGGCCGAGCUGGAUGAGCAGGACGUCUCGGCACCUCAGCCGGCACAGUGCCCGGUCCAGGCCCCAAGCAGCGAGGACACCAUCGCCAAAGCCAAGCAGAGUCGCAGUGAGAAGAAGGCCCGAAAGGCGAUGUCAAAGCUGGGCUUGCGGCAGAUUCAGGGGGUCACCAGGAUCACCAUCCAGAAGUCCAAGAACAUCCUCUUCGUCAUCGCCAAGCCCGACGUGUUCAAGAGCCCAGCCUCUGACACCUACGUGGUCUUCGGGGAGGCCAAGAUCGAGGACCUGUCCCAACAAGUGCACAAAGCCGCGGCCGAGAAGUUCAAGGUACCCUCGGAGCCCUCGGCCCUGGUGCCCGAGUCACUGCCCGGGCCCCGGGUGAGGCCUGAGUGUGAAGAGGAGGAAGAGGAGGAGGAGGAGGAGGAGGAGGUGGACGAGGCCGGGCUGGAGCUACGCGACAUCGAGCUGGUGAUGGCGCAGGCCAACGUGUCCAGGGCCAAGGCUGUGCGGGCCCUGAGGGACAACCACAGUGACAUAGUGAAUGCCAUCAUGGAACUGACCAUGUAGCUGCUGACCAGAAGCGGGACCACCGUGCACCUCCCUCCAUUGCUGCUCAAUAAACCAGUGCCCCUCACGCG